CUAGACCAUAGGGGGGGGAAAUCAACAGCCAAUAAUACUUUUUAAUUUGGGCAAUUUCCGGCGGCUUUGUGGGCUCGGAUUAACUAGGGCAGAUUUAUUAAUCACGUGGAUUGAAACAUGCAUUGCCCUUUACAAGCCAUACCUCUCCUUCAUGUCAAUGAAACAGGUGAGUGAUGGCUUCAAUUGGUUUCAAUCUGGCCUGCUAGGCAAUAGCUUCCCUCCUUACACUUCAUUGCCUGCAGGUACGGCCUUCAUCCAAUGCCUCCCCCCUCCACUUCAAGGGUGAGGAUAUCAAAUGGGGCAGUUGUUUUUCCUCAUCUCCAUCAAGCCUUUCUCUUCUGUGUUGAGCUAUAUUUAGUGUUUGCCACUUGAACCACUCAAGCAUGCACUGGAAGCAGAAGCACCAUUGCUUCAUAUGCAAUUCAUGUAAUCACUGUACAUCAUUGUCAUAGUUCCUAUCCCAAAGCAACACUAACACCCGCUCACUGCAAAUAUACAUGUUCUUGAGGGCCGAAAACAAGCCCACCGUGUGGGAGGAGAAGCCAGCUGAGCUAAUACAAUGUGCACCGAUCAAAGUUUUGCCGGUAUUUGCGUCCCAAACCACACAUGUACUGUUCCCAUGUUUGGCCUACAAGACUUAGAACAUGAAUUUUGGAGGCUUUGGCAGCACACUGAUGGAAUUCAAUGGAAGAGUUGAAUGAUUGAAAGCCUCAGUGAAGGAUGCCAUAUUCAGGGCGCAAACCACCAGACUGGUCCUGCAUGUGACGGAUAUUUGCCUGGUGCUCCUUGUGCGCUUAUUCCGUUUGUUGAUGGAUCUUGACUCGACCGGCUUACAGGCUCUAACAUUCAGCUGCUGUCCAAGGGCUCAAGGCUUAACAAGAUGCAAGGCCAAUGGGAUUGGAACUCAUGGCACGGCAAGGGCGGAGGUGGAGCGAUGCAAAGCUCAUAUGGCUACGGCGGCAAAGGUCAUGGCGGCUAUGACGGCUAUGAUGGAAGCUAUGAGAAUUAUGAUGCCAGCUAUGGUGGGAGCUACAGUCACAGCGUGCCUGACUAUGGCAAAGGCACUUCUUACAAUGACAAAGGCAAAGGUGGCAAGAACGACAAUACGGAUGGCGCCCCGAAAGAGAUCAAAGGAUUGGUGAGGCGAGGUAGAUGAGGUCGAUAUGGGUAGAUGGAUUUUUUGAAGUCUUUCUAUAAAUUGUCAAUGCCAUCUUCUUGGUUGGCACAUGAAGUUUCUUUUUCUCGAAGACUCGAAGCACCUCUUUGCUGUAGAAUGUAUACUGCAACGUGAAGAAUCAUUCAGCUACAACCAAAUUGCAUUGGAAAAUGGGUUUGCAGGCAACGCUUAGUUGAGCGCAUGGAGUGCAGAAAGGCUAAAGAAAAGCCAGAAAGACCAUAAUCUAUAGAUUUGUAGGUGGCUUGUGAUACCGAAGGGGCAAGUCUUAAGAAGCCAAGUCCGGCGGAAUAUGUCCUCCAAAAAGGAGAUAUCAAUAUUUCAAAGCAGGAGCUCAGAGCAAAUAGCUGCAAGAGAUUUGCGCACGCCAGUGCAUUGUCCACCCUACAUCUAUGAAUUCCCUCAAGGUUUGAACCUUGGCGCUUGCAAACGAAGGUCGAUCAUUCAGGCACAGGCCAUGCCUGAUGGGCGCAGUGAUGAAAGCACCAUCUUUGUUGCUGGCCUUCCGUCCGACAUGACCAAUUUGGAAAUGUAUCAACUUUUCUCAGCUUUUGGAGCCAUAGCACCUCGAGGUGCUACAGCACUGCAGGACAAAGAGACUGGAAAGUGCACAGGUAUUGGCUUUGUGAACUUCAUUGACUCCGACUCUGCUCAGAAGGCCAUCCGAGCACUGAACAGCUUCCCAUUUACGGAUGGCAGUUGGCUAACAGUUAAAAAGAAGGGCCCGUCUCAACCUUGGAAGCAUGUGGAGGAUGAGGGUGGCACAGCUUGAAAUUGCAGGCGGUGCCAGUUACUAGGAGCAUUCUGGGGCAUGUACGCCUGAGGCCUAAAAGCAAGCCGGAAGAAAGUAAAGGUGAUGGCAAGGGAGAGCAAGGCAAAGGAAAGGAUGGCAAAGGCAAAGAUGGGAAAGGCAAAUCCAGGAGGAACGAAGGAAAGACGAGGAGAGAAUAGGACAUAUGGGUUUACAGGCCUAAUAGGCCUACUAGGAACUGAGUAUCAGCUGAAUCUGAGAAUCAGUAUUUCGAUGUAUUUCGAUGUAUCUCUGUAGAGCGAAUUUGAGGGAACUCUGAAGAGCUCAGGCGUUCACAGCGUAUCUCUGUAGAUUUGCGUAUUUUCGCAGCUCAGAGCUUUGCUGCCUGGAAGUGCGAUCAGCUCGUGCAUGGCACAUCCGAGUGGAAAUUUGUGACAAGUUGC